AUGGCCAAUCUGCUUUUACAAGAUCCUUUCUCUGUGUUGAAAGAGUUUCCCGAAAAGCUUUCACAGGUUAUCGAGACUCCACUUCAGAGCAGUUGUGUGAAGUUUUCGCUUUAUGGUGAUUAUCUUGCAGUAGGCUGCUCAAAUGGCGCCAUAAUCAUAUAUGACAUGGAUACAGGCAACCCCAUCACAAUGCUUGGAAACAGAGGCGGAUCUCACGUGAGAUCUAUACAAUCCUUGGAUUGGUCAUCUUCUGGACGAUAUCUGGUAUCAAGUUCGAGAGAUUGGUAUGUCAAGGUAUGGGAUUUACGUUCCCCUGGCCACCCAUUGAAGCAAAUGAAAUUCAAUUCUCCACUGUGGAAUUGUAGGUGGAACAAUUUAAAUCCCUGGCAGUGUAUUGCCACUGCUUUUGAGCAAACAAACGCUCUGUUGAUAGAUUUUCAACAUGAUAUACCAUCAUUUAAAAAGUUAUGUUGCAUUGAGGAAAAUGCGAAUAGUGGGGACUAUGGACACACUUUGGUAUUCUGCAUACAUCCAAGAUACCAGAAUUUGAUUUUAACGGGUACCUCAAAGGGAUGGAUCAAAUUCUAUAAAAUGAACAAUGAUGGCAUAUUUUUGAUUCAACAAGAGAAAUUUGCAAAUUCAAAUGCGAAACACAUGAUUAUCUCACAAGCAGGAGACAAAAUAGCAGUAAACUCAUCAGACAGAACCAUAAGGCAAUAUUCACUUGAAGUGAGUAGCGACUUAUCUGUUAUCCGAUUGUCUUUAGAGCACAAAUAUCAGGAUGUCAUCAAUAAGUUACAAUGGAACAGUAUUUUUUUCAGCAACAAUUCUGCGGAAUAUCUUGUAGCAUCUACCCAUGGAUCUUCUGCUCAUGAGCUAUAUUUGUGGGAGACAAACACUGGGACUCUGGUGCGAGUUCUUGAGGGACCUGAAGAAGAACUAUUAGAUAUCGACUGGAACUUCUAUAGUAUGUGCAUUGCGAGCAAUGGCCUCGAAACUGGAAAUGUCUACGUUUGGUCUAUUGUCAUUCCACCAAAAUGGAGCGCACUAGCACCCGAUUUUGAGGAAAUUGAGGAAAAUGUGGAAUAUCAAGAAAAGGAGGAUGAAUUUGAUCAAGUUGAUGAAUUAGAACAACAACAAGAGUUAGAUCAAGCAGAAGAGGUUCUCAUAGAUCUUAAAACCAAGGAGGACUUUGACGUAAGGGGUAAUGACCUGACUUUACCUCGAUUUAUAAUACCCAUCAACUAUGAGGAUAUCUUGAUGAUAAAGAGGUGGGAAAGAUUGUAA